AGGAGCACGUCGAUCCUAAGAGCUCAAGGGUUUAUUCUUCCCAUGGCGUGCCUCCUCGCUCUCGUCCUCGCCGCCACGGUUCUCACGGUUCCACCUGGGAAGCUGACGAAUGCUGCUCGGACGUCAUCGCCGGCCGAGGCCUUCUGGCGCACCGCCCUGCCCGACGCUCCCAUGCCGGAGGCCAUCCGCGAGCUCCUUCACCCUCGUGCUGAAGCCACCGUUCCAAACGACGUUAAGCCCAAAGACGACGACGAUCCACCGGUGCCUCCCAUGACCUUUAAGUACGACGAUUACAGGGCGGCCUCGCCCCGGAACGACAAUGGCGCCGCCGCGUGGCCAACCGUGUUCUUCCUAGAGGACGCGGUGCGCGUCGGGGAGAGCCUGCCCUUCCGCAGCAUCGCUCCGCGAGCGCCCGCCGCCGCCGCCGAGGCGACGCUGCGGCUGUACACCGUCCGCGCCGUGCGGGCGGUGGAGGGGUCCAGGUUCGUGGUGUGCCGCCGCGAGGCCGGCCCCGGCGUCGUGUACGGGUGCCGCGCGACGGGCCCCGCGAGGGCGUACGUGGUGGACGUGGCCGGCGGGGACGUCGCGGUGGCCGCGGCCGUCGUGUGCCACACCGACACGUCCCAGUGGGACCCGGCGCACGCCGCAUUCCGGCUGCUGGACGUGAAGCCCGGCGGCGCGGCGGUCUGCCACGCCUUGCCCGACGCGCAGCAGGUACUCCCGGCCAAGAACGGCAAGAGCCCCUCCCCGGCCUAA